AGGGAAUGGGAGAUGAUUCCUGAGUCGAGUUGAAAUGCCAAAGAAGGGCGAUGUCGUGAAAGAAGUUUGUGCCUGAGGCUGCAGGGCAUCUACUCCCCUUUGAAGCGUUCCGUUUAUUCUCGCGUCGUCGACCGUAGAAGCAAAUCUUUAUUUAAUCCUCCACACACCCAUGCCCACGUCUUGCUUAUCAUCAUGAGCAGGCAAGCCUUAUCUUCGUUGGUGCGCGAUUUAGUCGAUUCCACGCUGAAGGGGGUUUCCAUCAGUACAGGAAAAGUCCUGAACACAAUGCCUUCGUCCGUUGCAGGCGUAGAGCUCUCAACGAUCCUCUGUUUUAUUGCUUGCUUUUCCCUCUUUCCAGCUGCAUACUUCCUCAGCGAACGGUUCGCCCGCACUGCCAAUGCCAGGUACCGUCUGCUGUUCUUUUGGCACGCGUUUGACGCCCUUAUACACAUUCUUAUCGAGGGCUCUUUCCUCUACGAAUGCUUCUUCAGCUACGCCAACGCAUACGGGCCCCAGCCAUAUUUUCUCGGACACAAGGGUCGGAUAUACGGAGCAUCAUUUGGUAGAGGGCCCACCGCCAUCCUGUGGCGGGAAUAUGCAAAGGCAGACCAUCGUUGGGCCAUUGCUGAGCCCACCAUCGUCUCAAUUGAGCUGCUGACAGUUCUUCUGGGCGGCCCGGCUGCGGCGUACGCUUGCUAUCUCCUGUGGAAAAUGCACUCCCAUCGGUUGAGGGACGGCAAAAAGAUGGGUAUUGUCUUGGGCCAGUUCUGGUUUCUGGCGACGGUACUGGCUACGGCGGAGCUCUAUGGUGGAUUCAUGACCUUUGUGCCCGAAUUUUUGACGGGGUGCUCGCAACUGGAAACGGGGAAUUUGGCAUACGUUGUGUUGCAUUUGGCUUUCUUCAAUGGGGUUUGGGUUGUUGUUCCCGUCUGGGUUCUAAUGGAGGCAUACAAGGAGUUCAUUUCGACCUCUAUAUCUCAUCAAGCGCAACGCAGCAAGCGGUGAUAGAUUCCAUGCCUGUGAGUGGUAUAAAAAGUAAGAGGAGGGAAGAAAAGAAUAUGCACUGCAAUGCCAGCUGCAUACGUACUUAACGCAUUGCUACAUUUUUAUUGGCGUAUAGAAGAUAUUGACUGCCAAGUAUAUAAUCUGCGUUAUGCACAUCACGAAGCAAAAUCAAUGCUACAGGUAUA